UUCCACAAUUUUAAUUAAAAGUUUAGUUUAUUUUCUGGAAAUCUGGUAUUAUUUUAUGUCUAUUUCGUCAUACUUAAGUUGGCGAAAUUGAAAAAUUUUAUGUGACAGUUAUUAAUUUAUAAACAAAUGUGAGUUUUAUUGGAGGUUAUGUUAACUUCUUCGUCUACAAAAUUGAAAUAUCCUGGGUUUAACGUGUAUAUUAACAGUUUUUAAUGUAAUGAAAGUAGUAUAAUAGAUAUAAUAUACAAUACAAUUUAAGGUUUCGUUCGACAAAUGAGCGAUACUUCCAUGUCACUUGUGGAUACACUCUAAUAACACCACUUUAAGAAGUGUAUACAGUUUAAUCUCUUGAAUGCGUUAGGGAAGAAAAAUAUCGCAGAAAAGGUUACAUAUUGCGAGUGAUAAAGAUCGAUUUCUUUGUAUCGAUCACCGAGGGGGGAAAUCCGGACGUAUUUUUCAUGGAUCGCCUGUAUAGUGAUCACAGAUUAAUUUGAAACGUUUUUUUUGUAUGAAUCGCUGCUUAGUAUACACAGCCUUAUACGGUCGAGAGGGAGAGGAAUAUCUUUCGCAGUUUCCUUAAAAAAAACGGGUCACCCCUAAUCUUACGACUCAUUCGGUAUAUGUGUUUUUAUAAAUAUGCAUAAAUGUAUAUAAUCUAUGGUUUACGAUUUUUUGUCUGUCAUUUCGAUUAUUGGUAAACAUCAUCGAAUACAGUAAACGUCAAUAACUUUAUAAAUAGGUAAGUACUAUUUAUUUAUAUUUUACAUUAUGUACACAAAGUAGUUAUUUAUGGUAAAAAGUGAUGAUGGCAUUGUUUAUGUCGAAUACAAAACUUUUCGUAGGUAUAUUAUUAUAAACUUUUCCUGUAUCAGCUUACGAUAGCAUUGUGGUUGAUUCUAACACAUUAAUUAGGUGAAGUAUACUCCAAGGUUGGUUACAUACGUGCGGGUUAAAUGGAUCUAUUACUAGGUCGGUGUUGUUUUAUAACUUUUCAUACACUUUAUCGAUUUUUUUUUAUCUAGUCAAGUGUUGCUAUUUGCACAUUAAUAUGAUAUCGUUUUUGUACCGGUGGCAUCGUUGAGUUUAGCAAAUAAGGUGAAGGGGAUAUUUGGAGUAAUCUGGUUUAGAACAAACCCCUUUUGAGGACGUUUUACAUUUGAUUUAUUAAAACAUAAAAAUGGCUACAUUUUUUGGAUUGGGAGACAGUGUUUUGAGAAGAGUGCUGGUAGAGGGACAAGGUGUCUCUACUAGUCGAAUUUAUGGCAAGCUCGUCGUGGACUUGUGCAUCGGCGGGCAAACGAUUUCGCAAUUGAGAAAAAGAGUCGAACGCUCACGAAGUGACGAAUCGGAAUGGUUUGUGCCUAGAAAUACGCCUCUGGUCGUUUUGAUAGGAACCAACGAUAUUUUAAGAAGUGGCAGAGCUUCUGUUGUCUUUAAUAAUCUUAAACGGUUAUUAAUUACAUUGGAAAAGUGGUCGAGGAUAACUCCCAUCACCUUGUGUACUCUUCCUCCAAUAAAGCAUGCAAGUCCCGAUGUUCGACAUCAGUUGCAUAAAUACAACACGUCGAUUAGAACGUUGUGUUCUAAUCGAUGUGAUGUAUUUAGGCUAUUGGACUUGUAUGCCUUAUUGGACGCGGAGAAUUAUGAGGGCCACUUUUUCGAACGUGACGGUAUUCAUCCAAAUAGAGAGGGGCUUUUGAGAAUUUAUGAUUCCAUAAGUUCCCUCUUUAACUAAUGGGUCUCGCAUGUUCGAGUACAUGAUAACCGUUUAGGAUUAUUUUUGGCGAUGGAAGACUACCCUUUUUGAAAAUCGUUUGGUAAACAAAG